CAAGGUGCCAAUGCGGUGAAGUCAAAAUACGCAUGUGAGAAUAAAAAGUUGAGACUGGAAUGCCAAGAUCCCUUGACGAUCCGAAUAUACACGGCAAAAUUCGGACGCCUGGAGUCUGGAAACGCCAUCUGUCCACAUAAAAACAUUAGUAAUCUGAACUGCCAGGCGCCAAAUACGCGGGAUAAAAUGAUUGAGAGGUGCGCGCACAGACGCAAGUGUACAGUCAGAGCAAAUAGCACAUAUUUUGGGGAUCCAUGCCCCGGGACUUACAAGUAUCUGGACGUUAUAUAUGGUUGUGGUGAGUAUUAAUUUUGUUUUCUACUCAUCUAAUCUCAGAAGUUUAUAUAAACGUAGGUAAAAAACAGAAUAACAAUGUGUUGUACUCUCUUUUUGUUGCCAAAUGCACGCCAUGGGUUGAACCCUGGUGGCCAAAAAUCCAAGUGAAAGAAUGGAAUUACGAUUAAAUUUUGUUUUAAGGUGUUUCAUAUUUUUUUAAUAAUCUGAGUUAAUAUUCCGAUCCAAUGCAAGGUUAUUCGUUAAAGCGUUAGUGGUUUCGGUUCCAUUUCUCUGUCUCCUCUGUAUGAUCAUUUGGUAUUACCAUAGUUAGUAGAGGGGACUAACUAUGGUAUUACUAACAAUAAAAUGGCAAACCGAAAGUCAGGCACAAUACUGAACUUGUACGAUACCUUUUUUCUUGGCAAUGCUUCUAACCCUUCUGAUAAAUGCAAACGAAGGAAAAAAGAUGCAAAUAUAAUCUUCUGGGCUAGACUCUUUUCUCGUACUUUUAUUCGAGUACUGUGCCAUCUGGAUCAGGCGCGUAGCUGGGGUUUGAGAAGGGGUGUUCGUACUGAUGCGAAUAUUUCUUAACAGCGGGAAAUACUGCGAGCGCCAAAGGUCGAACCUCUAGGACUUUCUUGGGGCAAUUUGCUCUCCCAGAAAAUGUUGAAAUCUAGAAAUCUGGAAAUGCUAUUUUCAGUAGUCUCCACGUGAAUAUUUCAAACUCGAUCAAGUCUAAAACAACAGGUAUUUUUAGUCGUAACAACAAUAUUUCCGUUUGACUUGGAACAUUCAUACAUAGUGAUACAUACCGGCUAAGUACACGAAACGUUUUACAAAACUUGACGUGUGCUGCAAGGUAUCUCUGACCAAAAGCUUAAGGUCUCGGUAAAGGAAAACGAGGUGCCACAGAACAAAUUCUAGUCGCGCAAGUAUUUUCGCUACAAAGGCAAGUUAUAUAUCAAAUUAAAGCUAAAAGACUAAAUUACCUUAUAAAAGAUUUUAUUUUAUCGAAUUUAAAAAGGUGCUUAAGUUUUUUGCUCUCGAACUCAGAGGUUUCGAGUUUACUGCUGAAGCUCCAGCCCUUUCGCGUUGUUAAAUACUCACUUCCUUUUUAUUGCAUCUGAUUGACGGAUAAAAGACCUAAAAAAGGGUAUGAGGAAUUUUCCGAUUUCCCUUUGUAACUCAUUUUAUGUCAGUUUUUUUUGCGUAAAUCGCGCUCGAGAUUCGACUUUUUAGUUUGAAAUGCAAUAAUUCCGCGAAUACGAGACAUAUGCAAAUUUCCUCACACCCUUUUUUAGGUCUCUUGUCUGUCAAUCAGAUGCAAUAAAAAGAAAGUGAAUAAGCGCCUUUUUAAAUUCGAUAAAAUAAAAUCUUUUAUAAGGUAAUUUAGUCUUUUAGCUUUAAUUUGAUAUAUAACUUGCCUUUGUAGCGAAAAUACUCGCGCGACUAGAAUUUUUUUCUGUGGGCACCUCGUUUUCCUUUACCGACACCUUAAGCCCCUAGUUCCGCGGCUCCGCUGUCUUUGUACUGAAAGCAGCAUCAAUCGUCAUUAUGUAUUAAACACGUAUCACCUCGGUCCCCCAAAAUCGUAUUUCCCGCUUUUCGUCUUUCGAGAAUCCAUUUGUCAAAUCCGGAACGCCUGUUUAGGAAAUACAGUAUAUGGUGGGAUUAGUUUGACUACAUAUAAUACUAGGUCACUAGGAUAUACUGGGGCCUCAGCAUUGGCUACUUAAUUAUCAACUCACAACAGGACUAUUCCGUUUCGUAAAGCAAACUUUGCAAUUGCAUCAUCCUCGGGUGGAGGCCUUCAAAUAAAUUGACAACUUUGUCAAGAUCGAUAGGCAUAUCGUUCUUGAUAUGCAUGAUAGCCAGUGAGGAGAGCCUACUCUAGCCCAUGGUACAUCUCAUGUAAUUGUUUAGCCUUCUCAUUGUGCUGAUUGAACGCUCGCACUUGCACAAUGAAAAUCCUCCAUCUUUGACCAGCGAACCCCUCGGAUCUUCCCUCCUACGCGCCUGCUGGAUAUUCUUGUUGUCAGUGCUGAGCGCAUUGCGUUCGAAGGCGUUCACUGGGUAUCAAAACGUCCUCCCUUCUCCUUAUCCUUCGUGCUUCGAGUUCGCGCUCACUUGCCACAAUUUUAUCCCUUUCACUUGGGCGGAUCCUAACUUUGUUUCAGUCUAGUCGGGUGACCUAAUUUAUUUGACGUAAUAAAGAAAUUCUUCGGUGAUCCCAAGAGAAUUAAUUUCAUUGACAGUUUGGGACCCAACGAAGCCAACGAGAACGACAAGCCAUGCAACGAGUGUCACCAAAACGAUAGAAGCAACAAGAAGCACAUCCACGUUUCAAACUUCACUAAACACGACAAGUAACAGCAUAAACGUGAAUAUCUCAGCCACUAGAAACUGGAUAGCGAGAGUGACCACCAGAGGCUCUGUGACCACAGCUUCACCUCCAAAGCCUGCAAAGAAACCAAAAGACAAGGCGUCAGGUAGCAGAGGUGAGAAGGAGGGCAUUUUGUCCCUGCUGAGAUCUCUGUACCUCACAUACAGGUUUAUCAAAGGUACGCGGUGAAGGAACCUGAGCUCUAGCGUUGUGGUCACGUGAGUCAAGACGAACGUAAUGACACACGACAUAAUUUUUACUUUGAUUUUAACAUUUACCCAUACCUUUAGAUUCAUUCUCCAGACAAGAGAGUAAUCCUAAAAUCCGUUGCAUUUAUUAUCCGUUCCAAUUUGUAAACAGUUUCAUCAUCAUAACAUCUUACGUUGCCCAAGGCGAAAGAGUUUUGUAUUCAGUUUAAGCGGAGAAACACAAGUUCCCUAUAGGGUUUCUGUAUUCUACCAGUAAACUAGGAACCUAUUGAUCAUUUUCCCACCUAAUCCAAAGCAAAGAAAGAUUUAAACAAUAUUUUCCCUUUAAAGUGCGUGUGCAUUCAUAUUAUUGAGCGUGUUGGGAAAGAGCAAGAGUAAGAAACUCACGUGACUGUGACGUCAGAGCCAGGGUGGCACUGUAGAGUCUUUGUUUUUCCAUUAUCAGCGAAAAUUUAUGAUGCUGUUUUUCUCAAUCCACAAUGUUUUUUCUGUAAGCCAUGAAACAGACAGUUUUGUUAAAUGAACUAUAAACUAAGUUAGCAAAAGCGGACAACUUUUUUAAAAAAUGAAUUAUAAAAUUAACUAAAGAAACAUCUUAUGAAAAUAAAAAAUGAACAUACCAAAAAAAAUUAUUAAAAUAAUAAGUCGUCGAUGAUAAGAGUCACCAAAAAAAUUAAGACAAAAUUCACUUCUGAGUUCUAAAUGAAUGUACGGUGAAGAAAUUAAGACUUGAUUGACGUGGUUAUCAUUGUUUUGGACAAAGCGCUUCAUUUCUCGACCAGGUAAUUUUUACCGUUCAUAAAUGGUGAAGAACCUAGACUAGAAAUGUACAGUUUUUGUUCAAAAUAUCAUGGAGUUUCACUGCAAAUAAAAAUAUUUAAGUAUCAAACUGUAUUCGAGUCCUGACUUAAUUCACAAAAUAUUCCUUAUUAAUAAAUGAAACUGAAAAAGAGUUAACGAAAUCAUACCACUAAACAACUGUGAAGAAAACAAGAUGAGAUUUUCUACUGUGCCAUGUUCCCGCGACUGAGGUAAACUAUUUUAAGAGGAUAAUAUUAAAGAAACCAUUAGGACGCUAAAAGACAUAUAGAAAUUGAUUUAUUUUGUAUUUGUAAGACAGUGAAAAAUCGUGCUGCUUUCCAGUUUAAAAGUAAAUUGUCCCGGGUACUUAAAAUGCGUCUAUUUCCUAAAGGUUUCUUAAUUAAAAUUUAUAUGCACCUAAAAUAAUUUAAUCGUAAAAAUACUUCAUAUCCUAACAAUUAAAAAGACAGAUAACAGGAAAAAAGGUUCAACAAGAACGAUAUCUUACGUCUUAAAUAUUUCUCUUUUGUGACUGGUAUCCUGAUGAAUUAAAAGAAGACGAAGCAAACAAAAGAGAACGAAAAAGAAUACAAGGAAAGUUUUGGGCUUUUUUAAAAGGGUAAUAAACUUUAAAUCUAUCAAUCGUCACCACCAUCUUCAUCUCAUUUUUAUUGUUUCACAGCCACCACUACACACACAUCUUUACGAUCAGGACGGCACCGCCACCACCACCACCACCACUACCAUUAUAUUUUUAUUUUGCUUCUGACAUUCGUUGUCGUCCCAACGCCAGUGCCACCAACUUUAAAGUCUAUAGCCUGCCUUUACUUUUAAGAGUGUUAAAUCUUUGAAAGAGAUCUUCUCGUUAGAGCAAUAUGAAAAUGGUUUUUCAAAGGUUUCACGCUAAUGAAGGUGUCUGGCCUGUUAUCUUGCGAGUAAGCUCUGACAGGGGAACAUUACGUCAGAGUGUGAUUAAAAAUCAGCCAAUCCAGGAGCCUAGGCUCCUGGCUAAUCAGCAUUUCGCAUCCCACUCUGGGAUGCAGAUAUUCAAAUUUAAGAGACGUAAGUGCAAGCUCUCCUUCCCUUUGCCCUUCCCUACCCCCUUUCUGCCUGAGAGCCCCAGAAGAGCUUUCUCGCAGGCUAUAAAAAUUCAGUAAACUAUUUCACAAAACAAGGUCACCUUUAACCUAGCUUGUAUUCAAUUAUGACCAGGGCACUGAGCACACAACUCUUAAUUUUUUUUGGCCUAUUUGGUCAGAGCCACGUUUCUUUUGUUCUACGACCACCACAACCACCAAGACUGCCAAGGCCACAAAAACUCUAACGUACAAUUCCACUUUUCCAGUUUUUCCAGUUCAACGAUUUCUCUAAACUAUUUUAUUAUUGGUAUACUUACCCAUUCAUUUGUUUAUCUUAUUGCUUAAACACAGAUAACCCGCGUGAUACCCUUGUUGUAUUCUUGUCAGUAGUAGCCGGAGGCACGAUUGGAUUGCUGUCCUUGCUAUUAACAAUGUACGUUGCUAAAAGCUUUCGAAAGAAAAGGAAGCUUGCUAAGGAAAGGAAGAAGGCUAACCAAGGGAAAGAUGGAAGCAAGAUAAAGAGUGUUACCAUAGAAAUACAGGGUAAUGAAGAGGAAACGAAAGAAAUCAACAUCAAUCCAGGAGAUAUUAUUAUUAUUGACCAUAAUGAUGCCAAUCAAUCGGGCAGCGAGGACCUUGGUUACCUUUCGGAAAUAGUCCGAUUUUAUAAUAGCCAAAACAUCGGGAGUGACGAUCAAAUAUCGAUAAGAAAACCAUUAUCCUCUUGUGAUAGUCCAUCAGUGAUAUCAACGACUGAGAGUAGAGACAGUAAAUAUGAUUCUUCUGGAAUCAACGUCAAACAGUGUACUUGCCAACAAGGGCCGUUACUGCGCCCAUCUUCCCCGGUUGAAGAAGAAAGGUAG